GUCUAUCUAAAUUCCAAGAAACCGAAAAAAUAUCCAAUCACUACAGGUUGUCCACUGCUUGUUAAAAGUUGUCGUUAUUUUAUUUAUUGUCUGAUUUACUUGCUAUCAGCACAUGCCACACAACAGCAUUGGAUCCAUCGCAUUUUAAUUUUCAUCAGGUUUCAAUCGUGGUUAGGUCAACAGUCGAAAAAAAAAAAAAAGAUAAACGAAUUAAUGAUGUCGGACUCAGUGACAAUGGGAAGCAAUCCAUCAUCAGAACAACAAAUUGAUGUUGAUUUAUCAGACCAACAAGUCAAUGUUGAAUUAACAGAGCAACCAAUUGAUGUGGAUUUACCAGAACAACAAGUUGAUGUUGAAUUAACAGAGCAACCAAUUGAUGUGGAUUUACCAGACCAACAAAUAAAUGUUGAAUUAUCAGAACAACCAAUUAAUGCUGAACAGACAGAUCAACAAGAUAAUGUUGAAUUAAUAGAACAUCAAAUUGAAAUGGAUUCACAAGAACAACAAAAUGAAGUUGAUUUACAAGAACAACAAAUUGAAGUUGACUCUCAAGAACAACAAAUUGAAAUUGAUUCACAAGAACAACAAAGUGCAGCUGAUUCACCAGAGCAACAAAUUAAUGUUGAAUUAUCAGAACAACAACAAUCCAAUGUUGAAUCACCAGGCCAACAAAUUAAUGUUGAAUUAUCAGAGCAACAUUUCAAUGUUGAAUCACCAGGCCAACAAAUUGAAGUAGAUUUACAAGCACAACAAAUUAAUGUUGAAUUAUCAGAACAACAAUUCAAUGUUGAAUCACCAGGCCAACAAUUCAAUAUUGAAUUAUCAGAACAACAAGAUGAUGUUGAAUUAACAGAGCAAGCAGAUUAUUUUGAAUUGACAGAACAACAAGUUAAUGUUGAAGUAACAGAGCAGCAAAUUAAUCUUGAAUCAAAUACUCAAAUAAAUAUUCAACCACCAACAAAGGAACAAAUCAAUAUUGAAAAACCAACUGAUGAUUCAACUGUUGUUCCAGUUCGUACUAGAAGUUCAAAAAGAAGAAGAAUAUCUGAUGAUGAGGAUGAUUGUGAUACUAACGAUGUUGAAUUGAUUCAUCAAAAUACACCAAAAGAUCAAGAACCACCUUUGGUUAAUAAGGUAGUCACAACAGAAAUUCCUGAAUGGUUCAUCAACAAUAUCAAAUCAACAGAAGAGAAUCAAAGUAUCAGAUUAAAAGAGUUUAAAGAUGAAAUAUUGUCUGAAUUGAACCAUCAACUUGGCAACACACUUGGUAAGAUUGUUAAAAAUGAUAAAUUACAAUUUGAAAAACAAAUUCUUGAUGCAAUGAAACAUUGUUUUUUGGAAGUUGAAAAUGAAAUUGCCAUUAGAAAUUUAACAUUAUUAAAAAAUCAUAAUAACAAUACAAAUAAAAUCAAUGGUGAAAAUUUAAUAUCUGAAAUUAAUAACAAUACAGUCAAUAAUAAUAAUAACAAUAAUAAUAAUGAUGAUGAUGAUGACAAAGAAGAAGGUGAAAUUGAUAAUGAAGAAAAAACAGAUAGCCAAAAAGACGAUGAGUUGAUAAUAAAACUUAAAAAUAUUUUUAAUGAUUUGACUGAAAAUGAUAAUAAAAAAAUAUAUGGUUUAUUGAGUAAUUUAAAAGUAUCAACUAAAAAAGGAGUUGAAAAUGUAACAAAUAUAUUUUUUGAUAAAGCCAUUAAAAUGCCAAAAUUAUCAUAUGAACUUGUUGAUAGAUUAAUACGUAUUACUGAUUUUGAUCCAGCAUUUCUUCAUUUACGUGAAUAUUUAUUUAAACGUUGUGAAAAUGAUCUUGCAAAUGGUAAUAUUAUUGAUGAAAUAAUAUUUGUAUCAUUUAUUGCCAAGAAAGGAUAUUUAUUACCAGAUGGAUUUAUCAGUAGAUGUAUUUAUUAUUUUCUUGAAAUUGAAAAUAAACAAAAUAUCAAAUGUUUAUGUGAAUUUGUCAAUAUUGCUGGUGAAUAUUAUCGUAAUUUUCCAUUUAUUAUUGAUUGUUUUAAUAAAUUUGAAAAUAUAUCAGCUGCUGGAAAAUAUGGUAAAGAUAUUACAGAUGCAAUUAAUCAAUUAAUAUACAGAAAAAAUAUGUUAUGGCAAUAGUUUAAACUAUUUUUUUUCUUUUUUUUUUUUUUUCUUUCUUAAUAUUUUCAUUCAUUUAAAAACAUAAACAUUUUGAUUUUACGUUAUUUUUAUUUUUAUAUUCGUUUAAUUUGUCUUAUCAAUAACAACAACAUGUUCAUAUAAAUAAUUAUUGUCAUUUUGAAAAUGAUUUCAUGGCGUCUAUACAAUUGUUUAGUAAUAACAUGUAAAAACGUUUAAUAAAUAUAAAAAUUAUAAUAAUAUUUAUUAUUUUUUUUUUUUUUUGAUUAUAAUACACAAGUUGCCAAUUUAAACCAAAUUUUAUAUAAAAUAUUUGUUUAGCAUACUUGUUGACAUUCAAUUUGAUUAACAAUUGAAUUUAAAUUAUCAUAAUGUUCAUGGUUAUAAUUAAUAUUAACAUAGUUAUCUAUUAUCAAUCAAAAAAAAAAAAAAAAAUAGAAAAUUUUAUUUUUUCUAAAUGAUUGAUCAAAGAAUAUAACAAAAAUAAAUAUUAGAUUAUUAAUUAAUUUGUUAAGUUGAAAAAAUAAAAAACACAUUUAUCAA